CAAACGGUGGGGCGUCUCAAAGUGGUUUUCCAAGGAAAGGGUUGAGAAAGAAAUGGCGAUGGCUACGGUGCGAUCUGCUCUUCUCCGAAGCUCUCUUCGUGGUGGCUCACGUCCCUCCUCUGUCCCCAAGCGCAACUUCGCUUCCUCUGCUCAUGACGAUGAGCGUGAGAUGGCGAAGUGGGAGAAGGUGACAUAUGCAGGUAUUGUGACAUGCUCGAUUUUGGCUAUUUAUAACCUGUCCAAGGGACAUCCUCAUCACGAAGAGCCUCCCCCGUACCCAUACUUGCACAUCCGCAAUAAAGAGUUUCCAUGGGGUCCUGAUGGACUUUUUGAAGUCAAGCACCACUGAGAUCACGAGUAGCAGCAACAUGGAUCUGUUUGGAAGUCACCCUUGCUUAGCUAAUUCCUUUGCUCACACAUCUUGAGUUUUGAUGCACAUUGCCAUGAGUCGUGCGGUGUGUGGAUCAUGUAAUUGGGAAUUUCCUUUGCCUUUCAGGAUCUUGUUUCUGCAUUCAUCGCACUUCCCCAGGUUGUUCAAUAAAGUUUGAUGGAUGUGGCGGAUUAUAUUCGUUUGAA